CGGCCAAAAGACAAUUCAACUCUAUGGCAGCCGAUAAUGAGAAUGUUUAUAUCGGGGAUUCUGAAGAGGAAAAUGAGGAAGACAUAUUUGAUACAAUGUGCGCGAUCUGUGAUGAUGGGGGAGAUUUACUUCCUUGUGAUGGGAGAUGCUUGAGAUCCUUUCAUGCGACUAAAGGAACUGGGAUUAGCUCCUUGUGUAAAACUCUUGGCUUCAUCGAUGAUGCUCAAGUCGAAGCUAUUCCCAGAUUCUCAUGUGACAAUUGUAAGUAUAACAUGCACCAAUGCUUUGCAUGCGGAGAGUUGGGUUCUUCUGACAGAGCUUUGGGUGCAGAGGUUUUUCCUUGUAUUUCUGCAACUUGUGGCCAUUUCUAUCACCCAAAAUGUGUAUCAAAACUGAUCCAUCGUGGUGAUGAAAGUCAGGCUCAAAAGCUUCAAGAGAAAAUUGCUGCAGGCGAAUCAUUUACUUGUCCUGUUCAUAAAUGUCUUAUUUGUCGGCAAGGUGAAGAUAAAGAGAUUCAUGAAUUGCAGUUUGCAGUCUGUAGACGCUGCCCUAAGGCCUACCACAGAAAGUGCUUACCAGUGUCUAUUUCUUUCAUCAGCGAUGAAAGUCGGAAUAUUAUCCAAAGGGCUUGGGAAGGUUAUUUGCCAAAGCGAAUCCUUAUAUACUGCAGGGAUCAUACCAUAGUUAGAAGACUUAAGACGCCAGCUAGAAAUCACAUAAAAUUUCCUGAUGGUGGACUGAAGAUGAAAGGGCUGCUUACAAACAAAGUGAGUGUUGAUGGUUUGAAGAGAAGUGCUACUUCUGAAAAUAAAGCAAAGGAUAAAGCUGUUGUGAAGAUGCCAAAAUCAGAUUAUGAUGUUUGGAGAAAAGGUAGAGUUGGUGUUGUCAGAGAAAGCUUAAAAAUUGGUGCUAUAAAAAAGGCAAACAGCGUUGGUGCUGUAAAGAAGUCAUUGACAACCAGCAAGUCCUCAAGUGAGAAAGUUGGAAAGGUCAUAGUGAAUAGGAGCUCACGGGAAGACAUUGUCCCAUCAUUUAAGUCAGGGCUAUAUUUGGAGAACAAAAGGCGGAAGAUUGUGGUUAACUCAAUCUCUGAUAAGAUUGGGAUGGCAAAAGAGAGAAAAUCAGCAAGCAGUGCAAUGGAAGAUCGAAUUUUGGCUUUUAUGCAACAAACCUCUUCCGAAUUUAAUGCCGAAAGAUUAGCGGGGAAGCAGAGCAUAUCAUCAUUAUAUGCUCCUGGUUCAAAGGUCAUUUUGGAUAAGACCAUAACACUGAGCAAGGUCGAGGGCUUUCUGAAGGCCAUUAGAACAGCAUUGCAAAAGCUAAAAGAAGGAUGUGCAAUGGAGGAAGCUAAAGAAAUAUGUGAACCAGGGAUCCUCCGACAGAUACCCAUAUGGAAGAAGAAGCUGAAAGUGUAUCUUGGACCAUUUAUUCAUGGUCCACGCUAUACAUCAUUCGGACGCCAUUUUACUAAAGUGGAGAAGCUUCAGGAGAUUGUGGAUAGGCUCCAUUGGUACGUGCAAAAGGGGGACACUAUAGUGGAUUUCUGUUGCGGUUCCAAUGACUUCAGUUGUCUGAUGAAAGAAAAGCUCGACAAAGUAGGGAAGCGCUGCUUUUUCAAAAACUAUGAUCUUUUCCCUCCCAAGAAUACUUUUCAAUUUGAGAAGAGAGAUUGGAUGUCUGUCAAUGUAGAUGAAUUACCAGAUGGGUCUCAAUUGAUUAUGGGCCUUAAUCCUCCUUUUGGUGUCAAUGCAUCUCUGGCGAAUAAGUUCAUCAACAAAGCUCUUACAUUCAAGCCUAAGCUCCUCAUUCUUAUAGUCCCACGAGAAACCAAAAGACUCGAUAUUGGAGCUGAUCCAUAUGAUUUGCUUUGGGAGGACUGUGAGCUGCUAUCGGGAAAGUCGUUUUACCUUCCGGGAUCCAUUGAUGUGCACAACAAACGGUUGGAGGAUUGGAAUCAAAUGUCUCCACCUCUGUACCUUUGGAGUCGCCAUGAUUGGACUCCCAUGCACAAGACAAUAGCUGAAGAGCGUGGCCACAUUUCCAAACGAGAAUAUAUUAGACAGGAAGAAACAAAUGCUGGAGCAGCCAUCUCAAACUAUCUGAUGGAAGAAAAGGAAGAAACAAAUGCUGGAGCAGCCAUCUCAAACUAUCUGAUGGAAGAAAAUUAUGAUUGCUAUCAGGAUUACUCCUCUGCAGUGAAUGCCAAUAUCGAUUUGUCCAGCAUAUUCGAUGAUUUUCCAGAUGAUGAUGCUGUCGAUGGAGCUAGCAACUCCCUAUCCAUUGCAAAUUUUAAGAGUACUCUGCAACAUGAAUCACUCAGAGCGUUCGGGACUCCGAUGGUACAACCACAAGGAGGAUUUUGGAAUUUCCAACCAAAUGAUUAUGGACAUGUUCCCAUGCAGCCUGAGCAUCGCAGGACUUUUGAAGUUCCAGGAAGGCAACCGCAACUCAGCCAUUGGAACCCGCAGCCAAAUUCUCAUGGUUCUCUGCAUCUAGGAGGUAUUACUUUACCUAACCAGCAAUCUGCCUCGCAGCAAUGGCAACACAGCCUUUGGAACCAGCAACCAAAUUCUCAUGGUUCUCUGCAUCCAGGAGGGUAUUACUUUACCUAAACAGCAAUCUGCCUCGCAGCCAUUUGGUCACGGACCGCCUUCCUCCAGUGAAAUAUCUGCCUCAAUUUCCCUUUGAAUAAAGAUACUUAAACGGCAUGCAUUUUGGAACCUCAGUGGCAGCAUAACUCUUUUUCUCGUCUUUUUAUCCUCUUCUUCUGAUGGUGACUUGUCCAUCCUCCCCUGCCCUUAAAAGACGACUUGGCUAAUUAAAAUCCACUUAGUGAACAUUACUUUCAUUUAUGUGUUUAAUGAGUGAAAUAGCGACGUAUGGAUAUAUUAG